AUGGCAUCUGACGAAAUCCGCGCCCUGUCAAAGACCAUAACAGUUGCACAGAGAUUACGAAUCGUCUCAACCGUCGAGGACAAUGGCUGGACUGCAGUCCCAAGAAGCCUUGAGAAGCUCCUCGCCAAUCGCAAGAACCCCAAGUCCAAGGCCACACCCCUACAAGUCUCGGAUCUGCCACUGCCGUCCAGCCCCAUCGUAGACAGCAUCAUGAAACAUGCAAAGGACCACUUGCCCGAGCAAACCUUCAGCCACAGCAUGCGCGUCUUCUACUUUGGCCAAGCCAUCGCCAUGCAGCACUUUCCCGAAUGGCGAUACAGUCCAGAGACCUACUUGCUAGCUAGCUUGCUGCACGACAUUGGCACCACCGAGGACAACAUGAAAAACACGCAAUUGAGUUUCGAAUUCCAAGGUGGAAUUCAAGCCCUGAACCUCCUGACCCAGAACGGAGCUCCGCAGUCUGCCGCUGAAUCAGUGUGUGAGACCAUCAUCAGACACCAAGAUGUGGGAGAGACCGGAAACAUAUCCACUCUGACUGCCGUCAUCCAUUUUGCAACUUUGCUUGACAAUGCAGGUGCUAAUCCUGAGCUGGUCCACAAGGAGACGAUUGAGAAUGUUGUCAAGGCUUACCCAAGAGAUGGUUGGACUGGAUGCUUUGCUGCGACUGUCAGAAAGGAAAGCAAGGUCAAGCCAUGGUCACACACGACCAAGAUAGAGGGCUUUGCUGAGAUGGUGGAGGCCAAUGAGACGAUGCGUCCAUACGACUGAGUUCGAUGGGGAGUGAUACCUACCUGCGCGCGUGGAGCAUCUUACCCGGUAUGCUGAGGUUCGCCAUAAUUGUGGUCACCAUGGUUAGCUAGCAGGCUAUGGGAACGCAUAACGGUGAUGAGGUAUCAGAGAGAAGAGUAUUCUAGUAAAGCUCUCAAUAGGAAUUCUUACAAGUCUC